CUGGUGUGAGAGGACUGGUGGGAGAGGACUAUUGUGAGAGGUCGUGCAGGCGCAGCUGAUCAUUAUGGAGCAGAAUGUUUUUUUCCCGGACAAUGCUCGGAUGGUGGAAUAGUAAAAAAAGAGAGAAGAAAAAGGACGACUGGCUCUAACGCACAGUCAGACCCAGGUGUGCGGGAGCUCUCUCCUCGCAGACCCAGGUGAGCUGGAGCUCUCUUCUCGCAGACCGAAGUGAGCUGGAGCUCUCUCCUCUCAGACCAUUGAGCUGGAGCUCUCUCCUCGCAGAUCGUUGAGCUGAAGCGCUCUCCUCGCUGACCGAGGUGAGCUGGAGCUCUCUCAACAAAGACCGGUGAGCUGAAGCUCACUCCUCGCAGAUCUGUGGCUCUCCCCUCGCACAAUGAGGUGUGCGGGGAGCUCUCCCUGCACACUUUGGUGAGCUGAAUCUCCUUGCAGACCGGUGAGCCGAAGCUCUCUCCUCGCAGACCGAGGUGAUCUGAAGCUCUCUCCUGCUGCUUUUCGUAGGACGCUUUCCCUGCGUGCAGAAAUGAGCGUCCCCGCUCUCCUCCAGAGAGGAUAACUUUAUCUCCUGCUUCUGCCUCCUCACCUGCACUCCGGAUGAACGCUCAUGCGUUCUGCACUGGAGAAUAAAUCCAGGACUCUCGUCAAUUUACCCCCAUGUCAGCGAGCCGUCUCCAUGGCGACGUUCAGCAGCAUGGCCGAGCGGUUGUGGAACGGUUCGGACGGUCCGGACGCGUCGGGGAACGGGAGUGUGGGGCCGGGGGCCGGGGGGCCGGGGGGGUUGGGCGGCGGUGGCUGCAACUACCCGGCCAUGCUGUACUCCCUGCUGAUCCUGGCCAUCGUGUUUGGCAACGUGCUGGUGUGCCUGGCAGUGGUGCGGGAGCGCGCCCUACAGACCACAACCAACUACCUGGUGGUCAGCCUGGCCACGGCCGACCUGCUGGUGGCAUCGCUGGUCAUGCCCUGGGCCGUCUACCUGGAGGUGGUGGGCGGGGCCUGGGUCUUCAGUCGUCUCUACUGUAACAUCUUUGUCACGCUAGACGUGAUGAUGUGCACAGCCAGCAUUCUCAACCUGUGUGCCAUCAGCAUCGACAGGUACACAGCAGUGGUCCUGCCCGUCCUGUAUAACACCACCCAGAGCUCCAGGACACGGGUUUCCCUCAUGAUCGCUGCGGUCUGGCUCCUGGCCUUCGCCGUCUCCUGCCCCCUGCUGUUCGGACUGAACACGACAGACAACCCCACGGUCUGCUCCAUCUCCAACCCAGAGUUUGUGAUCUACUCCUCGGUGGUGUCCUUCUACCUGCCCUUCUUCGUCACGCUGCUGGUCUACAUCCGCAUCUACGUCUUCCUCCGGAUGCGCAGGAAGAGGAUCGCCUUCCGCCAGGCCAGCAGCCAGGUGCAGCCCGGCCUGACCCGCCUCUCUGUGGAGACCUGCCCGGAGGCAUCCCAUGUGAGGGCAGACCUAUCACCUAUCAGGAUAAAUGUGGGGGCAGAGGAGCCGGCCGGACCCCCCAAGUCUGACCUGCUGUCCAUGUGCCUCCGUCGCAAGCGGCCCAAGACGGGUCCGGGGGCCGGCCCGCCAGCGCCACCAGUGGACACCAACCACUACUGCAGCGUCAGCCACGCCUCCUGCGGACGCACAGACCUGGACCUGGAGCAGGACCUGGAGCAGGACCUGGAGCAGGACCUGGGGUGGGACCAGGGGCAGGGGGAGGAGGAGGAGGAGGAGGAGGGGGCGGCCCGGAGGAGCAAGCGGUUGUCAGUGAGGAGAAGCUGUGAGGUGAAGGAGCUGUCCAACGGACGGUCCCACACCGCCCUGCGGCCCGCCGGCCACGCCCGCCUCCAUCAGCCCCGCCUCAGGAGCCUGCAUGCCCGCGAGAGGAAGGCCACGCAGAUGCUGGCCAUAGUCCUUGGGGUGUUCCUCAUCUGCUGGCUGCCCUUCUUCGUCACCCACAUCCUGAACACCCACUGCAGCACCUGCUACAUCCCCCCCACCCUGUACAGCGCCGUCACCUGGCUGGGCUAUGUCAACAGCGCCCUCAACCCCGUCAUCUACACCACUUUCAACGUCGAGUUCCGCCGUGCAUUCAUCAAGAUCCUGAGCUGCUGAGGGGGGGAUGGUGGUGGAGGUGGUGGUGGUGAUGGUGGUGAUGGUGUUGGAUGUGGUGGUGGAGGUGGUGGUGGUGAGGUGGUGGUGGUGGUGAUGGAGUUGAGUAGAGUCAAGGGAAGGAACCCUGGUCCCCACUGGGGUUAGUGCACAUGUUACCCAGCCCCACCCCAGUCCUCCCAGACUAGUCUGCAGCAUCACAUCCCAUACCUGUCCUGGGACAGCAUCACAGGACCGCCCGGCCCUCCCCCAUCAUGCUGGUGCGGAGGGAGGGACUUGGGGAUGAGGGGUGACACACAUGGAGGGCACAAGGUGCAGCCGUUAGUGGGACAGACAGACAGAGGACUGCCUCAGGAUCAAGACUGCUCUGGACUGGGAGAGCAUUCAGUCAGGUACCAGACAACCUCUGCCUACUUCCCUUUAAAGAUUUAUACCGGUUUCCACAUGGUUGAACAUUCUCUCUAUAGACCUGUACAGUUAUUCAUGUGCUGCUCACCCAGCUGUGCACUGCAUCGUUCCACUGCAUCGAGAUAACCAUCACGGGAUUCUCCUCACCGCUGUAGUCUCGCCGUCACUCGGAUUGGAAACCACACUGCCUAUUGUGAGGAUAACUAAUAGAUAAUAAAUGACAGAUGAAUGAAUCACCGUCUUCUGCGUCCCGGGGCAACGCCCGGCGAGGUCCCUCGUCCACUGAAACAGAGCCGCCAUGGACCAGAGCCACAGAGUCACAGAGCCCCCCUGGGACCAGAGCCACAGAGUCACAGAGCCACCUGGGACCAGAGCCACAGAGCCAGAAGAAGAGAGGGACUCAUAGUAAAGAGCGUAAUGUGUUGAUGUCUAUUGUUCUUGAUGUGUGGUGUAGAUGUUGUGGAUCACAGUGAAGGAGUGGGCUGGGAGGGGGUUACCGUGGUUAUUCAGAGACUGGAGAGGCUGCCAAGCCUCCCCAGUGAUCAGCAGCA